AUGGCAGAACCCGCAUACAAUGCCAUUGAGGACUAUGGUCUGAUCGGGGAUAUGCACACCUGUGCCCUCGUCAGCAAGGGCGGGAGCUUGGACUAUAUGUGUUGGCCCGUCUUCGAUUCACCCUCGGUGUUUUGUCGCCUGCUGGAUGACAAGAUCGGCGGGGUUUUGGUCGAGCUGUUCCCGGCCUUUAACUAUGCCCGAGACACCCACACGGCCCGAGCAAAGUUGGAAAGUGACAUGUGCAAGCACAGACUCCAGACUGUUCAUUUCGAGAGUGAGACAGAGCGGCUGCAGCUCGAAAUUUUUGCCGACUCGCGAGAGCCCGAAAAAAAUGGUUAUCCCCACACUAGAAUGACCCUUGAGGAACGGCCCGGGAUGAAGUUUCCCGAGAAAGCCGUCCCCAGCUCAUCAACCCUGGCUGCGUAUCUGGGCAGGAUGGAAGACGAGACCUCCGACUACUGGACAGACUGGACUCGCAAGUGCGCCUUCCGAGGGCACUAUCGUGAAACCGUUGAGCGCAGUCUUCUGAUCUUGAAGCUCCUGACCUACAAGCCCACAGGAGCCAUCGUCGCCUCACCCACAUUCUCGCUUCCUGAAAACGUGGGUGGCUCGCGUAACUGGGAUUACCGGUACUCCUGGGUGCGUGACACAGCGUUCACGCUGUAUGUCUUCCUCAAAAUGGGAUACAGUCGCGAGGCCGAAGCCUACGUCAAUUUUAUCUUCGAUCGGAUCUUCCCGCACGCCGGGCAGGAUAUGGGACCAGGGAGCAAGCGACCCUUCCUUCCGCUGAUGUUCACGAUCCGCGGCGAAUCCGACAUACCCGAGGUGGAGCUCGAUCAUCUUGAUGGUUACAAGGGCAGCAAGCCGGUCCGGAUUGGCAAUGCAGCCGUUUUUCAUACCCAGUUGGAUAUCUACGGCGAGCUUCUAGAUAGCAUCUACCUCUACAACAAGCAUGGAAAUCCCAUCACCUACGAUCAGUGGGCCUCUAUCCGCCGCAUGGUGAAUUAUGUCAUUAGUGUGCGCAACCAGAAGGACAUGUCCAUUUGGGAGUCUCGAGGUCAAAUCCAGAACUUCAUCUACUCCAAACUCAUGCUUUGGGUGGCCCUCGACCGCGGUAUCCGCCUUGCCGAGAAGCGUGCCAGUUUGCCAUGCCCCGACCGAUUCAAAUGGAUCCAAGUGCGUGACGAGCUCUAUGACGAGAUCAUGGAAAAAGGGUACAACAAAGAACGCGGUCAUUUCUGUCAGAGCUACGAAAGCCCCGAGGUUCUGGAUGCGUCCAUCCUGAUUGCACCCUUGGUCUUCUUUGUUGCACCGAACGAUCCUCGGUUCAUUAGCACCUUGAAGAGACUCCUUGAGAGCCCCAAGAAAGAGGGUCUUUCCAGCGCCAAGAUGGUCUUCCGAUACGACCACCUGAGAGCAAAUGACGGUGUGGGUGGAGGCGAGGGUGCUUUCAUUAUGGUAACCUUCUGGCUUGUUGAAGCCAUGGCCCGGGCCUCCAAUUUCGACGUCCCUAUUCCCAACAUCUGGAAGCUUGCGCUUUCGCUUUUCGAUAAUAUCCUGUCGUACUCGAAUCAUCUAGGAAUGUUCUCUGAAGAAGUGGCAAUCUCAGGCGAACAGAUGGGCAAUACACCCCAGGCUUUCAGUCACUUGGCUUGCAUCAGUGCGGCCAUUAAUUUGGAGAAGCUGAGUCGAGAAUAG